GUCACUGUCAGUUAGUCGAUUCGAGCGAGCGAUGGUGAAUGGAGAGCGGCGAUGCGCUUUCUAAUCGCCGUCUAAUUCGAGUGUUAUUACACGCGUCUAAAACAAAAUAACGUACGCCUCGAAUACCGCGUCCGUGGAAAAUGAAAGUUUGUGUUAAAACUGAAUAAUUGUCUGUACACGAGGCGAAGCGCUCAAUUAUAAAAUUAUUUCACAGUUUAUUUCUUAAAAGAUGGACAAAAAUCGUGAUCGUUGUCUAUUAUUUGUGUCUUAACGCAGUGCCCCGUGAAAUGUGAUGUAUUGUGGCUGAUUUAAAGAUUAUUUAGCCAUUUGUAGACCGAUGCAGCCAUGUCCAGUGACGAGUCAAGCGUGCGUGUUGCAGUCAGGAUACGGCCGCAAACGCCAGCAGAGGUCGUCGAAGGCUGCGCGAUAUCCGCGCGCGCGGGCGGCGCGGCCGGCGAGGGCGGUGUAGCCCUCGGCGCUGAACGGGCCUUCACAUUCGACUUCGCUUUCGAACCUAGCGUCGACCAGCAAGCGGUGUAUGAAACAUGCGUGAGAAAGCUGGUGGAGGCGGCUCUCGAUGGCUACAACGCCACUGUUCUGGCUUAUGGACAGACUGGAUCCGGCAAGACCUACACAAUGGGCAGUGGCUGGGAAGGCGAGGACAGCGACGAAGAUCGAAAAGGAAUCAUACCACGGGCCAUCAGAGAGCUGUUUGCCGGCGCGGAGGCACGAGCGGAGUCGGCACGUGAGCAGGGCCAGCUGCCACCGGAGUUCUCGGUUCAAGCGCAGUUCAUAGAGCUGUAUAAUGAAGAUAUUGUGGAUCUGUUGGACCCCGCUAAGGACCCUUACGCUAAGGGCGGCCUCAGAAUAACAGAAGACGGUUGCGGCGGCGUAAAAGUCGUAGGCGCAUCCAUGCGCGCCGUCCGCUGCGUGAAAGAGGCGCUCGCCGCCCUCCGCGCAGGCGCUCUCGCUCGCACCACCGCGGCCACCAACAUGAACUCAUCGUCGUCUCGCUCGCACGCGGUGUUCACCUUACUCAUGAGACAGAGACGGCUAGCUGCCGACCAGGAGCGGGAAGCGGAAGCAGAGGCGCCCGAGCAGUAUGAGACGUUGACUGCUAAGUUCCAUUUCGUGGAUCUGGCGGGCUCGGAAAGGCUGAAGAGGACAGGGGCAACAGGAGAACGCGCAAAGGAAGGCAUCUCCAUUAACUGCGGCCUGCUGGCAUUAGGAAAUGUCAUCUCCGCACUCGGAGACAGAACACGAAAAGUCAUGCAUGUGCCGUAUCGAGACUCUAAACUUACUAGGCUACUGCAGGACUCCUUGGGAGGCAACAGCAACACCGUAAUGAUAGCCUGCGUGUCGCCAAGCGAUCGCGACUUCAUGGAAACCCUAAACACUCUCAAAUACGCGAACAGAGCACGCAAUAUAAAGAACAGAUGUGUCGUCAACCAAGAUCUUACUUCUAGGACCAUCAACCAACUACGACACGAGGUCGCUAGGCUACAACUGGAGUUAGCUGAAUAUAAGCAGGGCAAACGCAUCAUCUCAGAAAACGGCGAAGAGGGCUGGAGCGACGUCGCACAAGAGAACGCCAUACUAACAGGCGAAGUUGAAUCCCUCCGGCGAAGAGUCAAGGCCAUGCAAGGGACCAUAGACCAACUGUCUGCGAGGAACAGUGAACUAGUUGCUGAGAAGGCUCUUGGGAACUGGGGGCCGAAGGAUGGAAGUCCUGAGGCUGCUGAUUGUUCAUUGACUGCUUUAGUUCAGGGCUACGUAGGCGAGAUAGAAGAACUCCGAGCUCAACUCAUGGAAGCCAACGCUCUCUACGAAGCGAGUCGACGACGAGAAGCGAUGGCGGCGCGGACACGACACGAGUCCGUGCACGACACGUCCUCGAUUAUCGACGAAGCUAAACGGGAACUGUACAAGGAAAAAGAACUCCUAGCCCGCAGCAUGGGCGAGCUCGAAUUCCAACGCAAGCUGAACAUGAGCGACAGCAUGACGAGCGCCGCCGACGCCGACGCCGACGCGGCGCUCGGCGACGGCGUCGGCGUGCGCGAGCGCGCCGAGGGCGAGAGCGCCGACGACGAGACGCCCUCCGACCCGGACUCCGACUCGGAGGCGGAGGAGCGGGAGGAAGAGGAGGUCAAAGCCCAACGCGCGCUCUCCGCCCAAUUAACCGCAUUAAGCGACGACAUCGACACCAAAGCGCGUCUCAUCGAACAACUAGAGUUGUCCCAACGACGCCUCGCCGCGCUGAGGCAGCACUACGAACAACGGCUCGACACACUUCACACACAAAUUAAGGCCACGCACGCGGAAAGGGACAAAGUUCUGUCCACUCUUACAUCCCAAGCAUCACCACCCAGCGAAAAACUUAAGCGCGUAAAGGACGAAUAUGAGCGUCGUCUCAGCGGGAUGUCGCGCGAGCUGAAACGUCUUCAAACUGCGGCCAGAGAGCAUACCAGACUGCAGCGCUCACAAAGACAGACUGCACAACAAAUAUUGACGUUGAAGAAUGAACUGCACUCCAUGAAAAGAGAUAAGGUCAAAUUGAUUCAACGCAUGCGCGAGGAGGCCAAACGACAUCAACAGGCCGAAGCGGCUAGAGCCAAAGAGGUGGCUCAACUCCGGAAAGAAUCUCGCAAGAAUGCCAACAUCAUUAGGUCUUUAGAAGCCGAAACAAGAUUAAAAGAACAGGUAUUAAAACGGAAGCAGGAAGAGGUAUCGUUACUCCGACGGGGACACCGCGACAAGCUUAGCAGCCGGGCAGCGGGAAGACUUCGCGGCAACCGCUCCCGCAGCUCGUACCGCGAGACGUGGGCCAGGCUCGAGGCCUGGCUGUCGCGCGCCUGCGCCGCGCGCUCCACGCUCGGCGACCUCGAGAGCGCACUGGAAAGGCACCUUAAACAGCGGGAACGGGCCAAUCAGGAGGGAGACGGACCUUUACUUGACUACUUGAAGGGAGCCAUAGCUGAUACGCAUCAUCAGAUCAUGCAGAUCGAGGAAGAAAACGACGAGAAUGAGCUCCCUCGCCUACUAGAACAAAUCGACUGCGCGGAAGCAGGCCGCUACGCUCUGUCGCGAUUGUCCGCCCUGGCGCUCCAAUACGCGCACGACGCCACCCGUCACCAGCAAGCACUUGCCGAUGCAAGGGCACAAGUCGCACAGAUGGAAGAAAGCGCCGAACGAACGGCAGCAGCGAUGCGGGCAGUCGGCGACCAGAACCUGAACCCGUGGGGCAUGGGGGCCGGCGCGCUCGCUGCCAUGCUGGCGCGGGUCUCCUCCGGCACCAGCACGAGGUCCGUGUCGCCGGUGGACGGUUCGUUCCUCGAGCGGCCGGUGGUCACCACGAACGGAGCGAGGGAGUCCCACACGGCGCCCGCGUCGCCGCCGGAUGACAAUAGAAAUUCGCCCUUCCAGCGUAACACAGUCCGUCGAGGAUCCGUGCGACUUCGAGACCUUGGCGUGUAUGGCAGCGAAAACACGGAAGUCGACGUCAUGACACAAUCAUUAUACGAACCUGUCUCCCCAAAGCCAAUACCUCUUAGUCGCGUGCCCAGUGCGCCGGGCAGCUUAAGAGGACUGCAGCCAAUCGCAUCGCCGCUCACAUCACGCAGGGCCCCGCCUCCUGAGAGCCCUCGGCCAAUCAGGAGACAGCACAGCUUGGCCAAGCCGGCGUCAUUAGAGGCGAGCGGCGACACACCGCCCGCGUCGCCCGGCGCUGCGAGGCGAGCACGAGACGACGACGUGUUCCUGCGGCUUGCUCCGGCGUCAAAUGAAGCUCCGAUGGGAACAGUCAAGGAAAUCGCGCCUAAGCGGGUCAGUGGUGGUACUGGCGCAUGGUUACAAUGCACGCACAUAGCGGAGGGCCACGCGGGCGCCGCGCUGUCGUUGGCUGUGGCGCCGGAUAUUCUGUACAGCGGAGGCGUUGAUCGCACAAUCCGCGGCUGGGAUCUACGCUGCGGCGUGGAAUCCUGGCGCGGCUGGUGCGGCGGCGGCGUCAGUGCUCUAGCAGCCGGGGCUGAGAGCGGAGGUGACUCGCGGCUUGUGCUAGGGGCGGCCGGUGCCGCCGUAAGACUAUUUGACACCAGGACACGGACUCCUGUGCAUACGCUGUGGUCAUCAGGAGCAGUAGGAGCAGUGCCAGCAGCGAGAGGAGUAGCGGGCGAGGUGGCCAUCACCGCUCUUGGUCUAGCAUCACCUCGACGUCUUUAUACAGCCGCUGGUGAUAAGCUUCGAUUGUGGGAUCUGCGCAUGAUGGAGUGCGUGUGCAAACUCUGGAGCGGUCACGCGGCCGCCGUUAUGUGCUUAGCGCUAGGCCGAGCGCCUGCCGGGGACCUAGUAGCGACCGGCUCUAAGGACCACUAUGUGCGGACCUUGGAUAUGUGUCCGCAAGACACAGGAGGCUGGGAGGCAUGUAACCGACGUCUACUAGAGCCGCCACAUUACGACGGCGUGCAAGCCCUAGCGCUCUCGGGCUCCGCCCUGUUCAGCGCGUCUCGCGACUCCAGCCUCAAACGAUGGAGUCUCACUGACAACACGCUCACACACACCGUGAUGAACGCGCACAAAGGCUGGGUGACCGGCGUGGCCGUGGUGGGCGUGGAGGCCGACACGGGCGCGCUGGUGGCCUCGUGCGGCCGCGACGCCACGCUGCGGCUGUGGAGCGGCGCCCUGCGGCCCGCGGCGCCGCCGGCCGCCCUGCAGGACGCGCCGCACGCGUUGAAGGCUGGCCAUCAUGGCGAUACGCUGUACACUGCCGGGAACGGCGGCGACGUGCGCGUGUGGCGCGUGCUGCAGGAUUCCUGAGACCCAGCACAAGUGACGGCCGAGUGCGGUGCUGGCGAAUCCGAAUGAGAUGACCGUCCCCCGCGUCGCGCGCCGCGCCGCGCCCGCCCGCGCCGCGCCGCCCGCGCGUGUGGCGGUGACGCCGCGUCGCGCGCCGGACGCGACGCCGCAUCGUACGCCGGACGUGAUGCCGCACCGUACGCCGGACGUGAUGCCGCACCGUACGCUGGAGGUGACACCGCACCGUACGCUGGCGGCCUUGUGGAUACUUCUAUUAGCGGUAGUAUGGUUUUACUUUCGUAGACAUAAUUAACCUUUUGAACGCCAGACGACGUGGGAAUAUGCCCUGCCCCGGACGCCAGGCGAUCGCGAUUGUUUAAGCUAAAUUAAACUUCACCGAGUCCCGCGUAAGUCCCUAUUGCAUUGGCGAAGGCUAUAGCCGUUGUUGGCGUCCUUGGCAAGACUGUGGCGGUCAAAGGGUUAACUGAUUUGUAGACCUUAUUGCGAUGAGAUAAGGUCGAAACUAUUGGCAAAGUGUUACUAGUAAUUGACCAUAGACAACUUAGUACAUCAAAUGAAUUUGUAUGACAAACCAUGCUAAAAAAAAAACAAAUAGGACAAAUCCAAAAUGAGAUAUUUCAGUAGAUAAACAUAACAUACAACUUAACGGGGUAGAAUUGGACCGUUGCCUUUUACUACGGAUUGAACUUGUUUAAAAAGUGAUGUAUCUGUUACUAAAAGACAACUAUUAUGAUUUUAAUAAUAAUUUUAGAGAAUGUCCGUUCGAAUUAACUUAUUCUCUAUACAGGAAUUAUUAAAUGGUAGGCCCUGCGUCAAAUAUCGUCAAUAUGUAUGUUAAGCUAGUAAUAUUUUUUUUACAUACAAUCAUGAAAAUUGUAUUUAUCACAUAUUCACCAGUAGCAGACAGAAGGUAUUUUAAUUUAAAUACUUAGAUGAAUUAAAAAUAUACAAUGAAAUGCAAUGCAUUAUAACAACCGAAGUAGCAAUAGAUUCAAUUACAGUUUUAACAAUUUUAAUGAAUUUUAGUACUAAGAUAAUUGUUAAUAUAACGCGAAAUCAAAUAAGUAGGAUCGAAAAGUGUACUUUUGUGUUUGAGUCAAUAUCGUGUUGUAUCAAUUUUAUCUAAAACUUUUUUAGUAAUAUAUACCGUACUUAGAAUAAGUAGGACUAUGCGUCAAAAUGGUCCAAAAAUCAACAGAGUUGAGAGAUAUCUAAUUUAUUAGGUGUUUUAUCUACUAAUUUUCAUUAUAUGAACACAAAGUUGAUUUCCAUUACAGAACUGAAAUAAUCAAGUUUUAAUCGAGAAGUGCAUCACUACUGGUUCCUUCGAUCGGUCGAACCAUUCGGGUACGCGGACAUCUACCCUGCAUUAAUUCAUUUACUUACAUGGACUCUAUUGCUUAGGUAAUAAGGGUGACGACAUUUUGACUAAAAUACCAAUAUCUUCUGCAAUGGAAUUCCGCUUUUUUCCCAUAGAACGAAAUGAAGUACAUAGAAAUACUUAUCUAUAAUGACCUAACUCUCAUCUUGUUGGUUUUUGGACCAGGGUCCAUACAAAGUUGCCCAUGGCCCAUCCAUCUUUUAGACGAAUUGUAAAAAAACAUCUACCUAGUAACAACAAAUAUUUAUAUGUUUUUACAGCUUUAAGUUUUAGUCCUUUUCACAUCGAACAGGUACCUACAUAGGUACAAUAUAAUUCUCAAUUUUACAAGAAUAUAGCAAAAGUAUACUUUGAUGGAUUCAAAUGUAAAUCAUAUGGUCACAACUCAAAUGUUAUAUGACAUGUAUCCCAAUGUAAUAAAUGUGCCCAAUAUGUAGUGACUUUAUUCGUUUAUAAACUAGUUCCGAAUAUUCACCAUUCGUCCGUUAACCAUUAUUUAUACGAAUGGUAACAUCUAAUAUAAGUAGUUAUAUAAGUAUACAAGUUUAUAGUUCGUUUUUUUGCAUUAGAAAAAACGUAAACAAUCUUGACGGUUUUCAAAAAUCAGUGACAAUUGUGAAAGCAAAAGCAUGUAUAUUAUAGUAUUUGAUUUAUAAUUAUUACAUAAUAUAUGGCAAAUAUUAUUUGCCGUGACUUAUUUUUUAAACAUGUUUUUCAAUAAAUAGACACGUCAAAAUCGCUUACCCUCUUUCUAACGCAAAAAAAACGAACUAUAGCGAAUAUAAUCAUACACAAUUAUUAGUUUAUCAGCUAUAGCAACAAUGGCCUUUAUUAAGAUAAUAAGUAUUACUAAAACAAAAUCCUUUUAACGGCCUUACUUAGAAAUUAGGAAAUCUUAAUUUUUACAAAUAUAUUUUACGAUUACCAUGUUUUAUCAGUAUUGGAAUCUUUAAUUAUUUUAUUCGUUUUACCAGUUAUUAUUUUAUAUUAUUUUCAUGUAUCCACAUCAUAUACUAUAGUCAAUGCCAACGCCUUUUUGCCAAAAUUGACGCACAACUCAUGUAACUAGAAUUAUAAGUCAUCACAUGUUAGAUUUACCGUAGAUAUAAGUAGGGCAACAUGCUUCAAGUACAGUCAGACUUAGAACAAAUUCAAAAGUCACCUCUACCUAUACUCUGUAUCUUUAGGUAUUUAAAUAAAAAUAAACAAACAAUUUGUUCCUAUGCAGCUGAUGGUCCCGGGUUCAAAUCCUGGUAAGAGCAUUUAUUUGUGUGAUGAGCAUGGAUAUUUGUUCCUGAGUCAUGGGUGUUUUCUAUGUAUUUAAGUAUUUAUAAAUAUUUAUAUAUUAUAUAUAUCGUUGUCUAAGUACCCUCAACACAAGCCUUAUUGAGCUUACUGUGGGACUUAGUCAAUUUGUGUAAUAAUGUCCUAUAAUAUUUAUUAUUUAUUUAUUUAAUUAAUUUGUACAUUUUCGUGUAGUUAUAGCAUUUAUACCAACCAAAUACAAAACGGCCUGAACGACUCGACUUUAACCUAAAUUAUUUGAUCAUGUAAUGUUUUCAUCUACCCUCAACUGGCUUAAGAAGUCAUUUGCGGGUAGAUUUUGUUUACUUUUAUUAAAAUACCUAAAGAUACAGAGUAUACACAUUUUUUUCCAUUUAGCGCCCGUAAUCAAAUCUUGUAAAAAUAUAUUACAAUUUUAUUUUCGUUCCUUACUCUUAUAUUAAUUAAUAAUAGAAUUAAGUAAUACGAAGGGACAUAGCUGUCGUUAUUAUACGUCAAAUUGGGUAAAAAAUAUGUACCGUAAUGUGAAUAUCUAAAGAAGAAAAUGGGGACUAUGUUCGUAUGGAGAAAUGGUUGUCCAUUCGCUCUAUAUCUAUGAGUUUUAAGAACUUUAGGCUAUUUUUCAACUAAUUGAUUUCUAAAUCAUAUAAAACAAAUUCAUUUUAUAUAUACCUGUUCUGAAAAAAUUAUCUGUUUUUGUGCUUGAAGCUACGCCAGUUAGGCUCACCAAUAGACUCACUUCAAUGAAGGUAACCUGUGAUUAACCGAGCAAAUAUUUUUGUACAUUCCUGAAUUACGGGUAGGGAGACUAGGUCGCGUUUCACGUAGCGUUUGUAAGGGUAGCUGACAUUAGUAAUCGAUUGUAUGGGCUAGUUAUAUUGCGAUAAUACUAGUGCAUUGGAAAUUAAACACUUUAAACUAUAUUUAGUGAGUACUUUUAAUUGGGUUGCGCCAGCUGACAUCGGUGACCACAGCUGGCACAUUGCGUUGCAGCAAUUGAAAUGUUGGAAAAGGUAAAAAUAAUGAAUAUUAUAUCGUGUUAAUCCGGUUUUCAUAACUAAAAUACAUAAUCCUAUUCUAUUUAUAACCUGUUAUUUUGUCCUGGCAAAAGACCUGUGACAAUGAUUAAUUUAAACAGCUUUUGGCAGAAAAUUAGGCCUGCAAAUCGUGCCACAAGCUAUUUUUUUAAUUCUUCAUAUUUCAACAGUUUGCAUAUCGAAUAUGCUGUCAUUUCCAACGUGUUAUUCCAUGUCUUAGUAGUUUUAUUGUCGGGUUUGUUUUUUUUUCCAUUUGCCGCAUUUUUGAGACAUAAACGGCUGUCAAAAUAUUUACGAAGGCAAAGACUUUGUUGUUGGUGUUUAUGCGCUCGUAUAUUAUACGCAACUUCGUUUUAUACGUAGGUAUAACGAAUAGUUGAAAGUAGGUAAUGUUUCUAUGCACUAGUGUUAUUAUUACUACUGUAAUGAACGUAGGGCAUGCUACGGUAGCUCUUGCUAUUUGGACAUACAGUAGCAUGCUACCUAUAAUAGUUCUAGAGUCCCUAAAUAAUUUAGGUACUAUGUCCAAAUAUUAACCUAGAAAAGACUAAGAACGAUAUAAUUUUAUUUAAGCUUAUUGCCUUUGUGGUGAUUUAUUUUAAAUAAAUAUUAAAGUUUGUUUUACAAAUGAAAUUAUUAUGUUUUUGUGUGUUUGCUGUGUUGUGUGUAUUUUCAGUAUUAUUAAGAUUGAAAUUAAGUUAACUUGAAACAAUUGAGGCUUAUUUAUUAUUACGAAAACGUGACUCAAUCGCGUACUACCGAGAUUACGAAUACAAUGUCGCGGUCGAAACGGCACAGGUCAUUUUCAAUUUUAUUAAAUAUACGCCAUUGAGUCCGUUUUAGUUGAUAAUAUUGUGUAAAAAAAUCUAUUUAGAUUUGAUCAGAAUUGAUAGAUCGGUAUAAAAUGUGUUUAGCGAAAAGCUUUAAAAAAUAUUAUGUUGCUAUUUCAAUUCAUUUCAGUCAAAAUAAAAUUAUAUGAUUGACAGAUAUAUGUUUUAGUAGCGUGUAAUAGUGUAUUGAAAAGUAUUAAAGUAUACUUUGCCUUAACGUCAACAGGGGUGGAAACUUUUGAAGAUUAAUAUUUAUAAUAUACCAGCAGCUGCAAUAAGUAUACGUAUUACGCUUUGGGUCGACUUGUGGGUCAAAUUUCUAGGGGAAACAACUGAAUAAAAGUAUAAAUUCCCAACGGCGCUAUGCCGUUUCCACUGUUGACCAAUAAUAUAAACAUGCUGAGGCUAUUAUUAACGCUAGGAGCUUAAUUGAUGAUUAUAUCUAUCAGUGUUACAUUUGAAAUAUAUAACGUAUUGAAAUUAAUAGUAGUUUAUGUGACUGCUACAUAAUGAAAGGCAUUAAAAUACGAGUGUGGGUUUAUGAAACGACACAUAAAAGGAUCACACGAGUGUUUUAAUGCCUGAUUAUGUACACUGCUUUAUCUACACACAUAAUAUAAGCUCUCUAUAAUAUAUUCAAGAACCACAUGUUACACCCGGCGUUGAGGCAUCGUUGCUCUCUCACGGAUAUGAGGUGGCAUCUCGGAAAUAUCUUUAUAAUUUUACACGAUGUUUUUGAGUGAAUGAAUGAAAAUCUUUAUUUCAGGCAACUAGUGGCCCAUAAAUAAAUACCUUAAAACUAACAUACAUACUAUAACAAUAUAUCUUACAAAUUAAAUACUACAAAUCACAUUAUGGUUGCGAUGCAUUACGCAACCCCGCAGUGUCGGAGCUCACCUUGGAACCGCCGAAACUUGACACCCUUCGGCCAAUUUUUUUGCUAAAGUUGGUAUAAACAAUAAAACAAACUAAUUUUAUACUAAUAAAAAGAUAAACUAAACGACAAAUAGCGUAGUUUUUUUUUAUUCAGAGACAAACUAGAGUCCGGUGCCGACUGCCAUAUCAUUCGAUAUCAAAGUAACAUGUGAGAUUUGUCAAAACACAAAUUGGUUGCAAUUGACAUAUUUCGAAUAAGACGUCAUAUCGACUGAUAUGAGAAUAGAGGUCGAAUCUAACUGCUUUGUUUCUCAGAAAUGUUCUAAAUUUGAAAGUAAAAGUGUCGGUUAUUGAUAUUUUAAAGUAAACUUUAAGAUGCCACCACAGAUACAGGUUUAAUAUAGGCCGUUAGCUUAUGGUUUCUGAAUAUAUUAUAGCGAGUUAUGAUAUGGAUUAAGAUAAAUAUAUAUCGCCUAGCAACUAGUCAAGUAGUGACAAAUGACGGGACCCCGUUUAAAAUUAAUGUUCCGUAAAUACUUGUUAUGGCUCUGUACUAGAAGUAUAUUUAAUUUGUGACUUAUAUGGGCUCAGAAGUACUAGCACACGAAGGAUGGGGGUUAGAAAAUAUUCAUUCGUUACGAAGUAUAGUAACGUUGGGAUAUGUAUAAAAUAAUUUAACAAUAUCGCUUUAACCUUUUGAACGCUUUAUGUCAUAAACACAAACAUCAUUCAAACGCCAAAAUCUCGGGCGCAAGGGAGCUAAUGUAAACCUUACUCGAAAGUGUGAGGGUUACUUUGACAGCGUCCGCCAAAACAUCUAUAGUUGUCCUUGGCGCUGCGGGCACGACUAGUGACAACGCCUUUAGGUGUUAUUGGCGUUCAAAAGGUUAAAUAUCCUGUUUCAUAUCCUAUGAAAAUCCUGUUAAGAGCCCAUCAACGUGCUCACUAGCGCCAAUGCUAAAUAAUUGUGAUAGUUUAAAUUUAGCGAUAGAUAUUUAAAAAAGGGGGCCGCUACGUACUGUAUUUUGUAUUUAAGUACCCUUUGAAUACAUCAUAAUAGUUUAUACGUUGCUGGAUUGGUCAAUCUAGGCGCUCAAAGUUAAAACGGCCGUUUUUGUUUUGAGUUCGUAGAUCGACGAAUCCAGCAACAUAUAAACUAGUUUGAUGUAUUCAAAAAGUACUUCAAUACAAAAUACAGUACGUAGCGGCCCCCUUUUUUUAAAUAUCUAUCGCUAAAUUUAUUUAUUUAUUUUUAUUUUUCAGUGGCGCUAGUGAGCACGUCGAUGGGCUCUUAAUUGCAAGUUUUGUCAAACAGAAAAUGUGAUCUUAUUCCCAUUGUCACAAGGUAGAAUUAACUUCAACUUACCUAAAUAGAAACCUACCUUUAGUGAGUUUGGUUUCACCUAAAACCCUUUUCUUUGGCUUUGUUGCGAUACCCUAGUGUGCUAGUUCUUCAACAUAUUUUUGCAUAAUUUUAGAAAAUGAUCAUGGUUUGCUCAGUUUUCAUGGAUCUUUUAUUUACUUUAAGCUCUCUACUUUGAACGAAUUUUUGCGUGUGAAAUAAUUGUGUAGCCUCAAAAAUAUUUGACAGUGUGAUCGAAUCGUGUAAAUCAUUUUAAUAGAAAUAUUAUAAUUUGUGAUUAAAUGAUUUUUGUAAAUGUUUUCGAAUUAUGUUUGUUUUAGGUGAAAUGAGUAAACUGCAAUGAAAUUAAAUGUUUAUUUAAAUAAAAAUUUACAAUCAUAAA